GCAAAAUUAAAGGGUACACCUGCAUCUACCGCCCUGAAAAGCGACUCGACCUUUCUUCCUCCUCAUGUCCACGGUAGCAGCUUUUAAAGCAGGGGGGCACAAUGCUUUUGUCGUAGGUUGGACCGGAGAAGUGGGCAAGGAGGUUGUCUCGUCUCUGGCCGCCACGGAUGCCUACAAGAAAGUUUAUCUGAUCGGACGCCGCAAUGCCGAGCUCCCCGCAGGGCCCGGGUACGAGAAAAUGGAACAACGAAUCCUGGAUUUCGACUCCCUCUUGACCGACCCACCCUCUCCGGCCACCAUCGCGGCUUUUGCCGACGCCGACGUUGGUUUCUGUUGCCUGGGGACCACCAGGGGGAAAAGCGGGGUCGAUGGUUUCAUCAAGGUGGAUUAUGAGUACGUGCUGGGCGCUGCCCGCGCCGCCAAAGCAGGCGGCCUCCAGGCCUUCCACGUCGUCACCUCCGUGGGCAGCAACGCCGCCAGCCGCAUGCUCUACCCCAAGACCAAAGGCCGUGCCGAGGAGGGUCUCAAAGAAUUAAGCCUGGCGCGGCUCUCCAUCUACCGCCCCGGCGUCCUUCUCUGCAAUCGGGCCGAGAAACGGUUGUUGGAUCAGGCCGGUCGUUUCUUUCUGGCGCCGGUAGCGGCCGUGGCGCCCACCGCCAUGACCGUCCCCACCAAGGUUGUGGGGCGAGCGAUGGUAGUCAAUUCGGUCCUGGGAGGGGUGGAGGGAGGCACAGAAACGUUGGAAAACGCCGCGAUCCAUGCCAUGGCCAAGAAAGAUCUGUAG